AUGCGCUAUGUGUUCUCCGAAAUUGAACCUUAGAUUUGGUGUAGACAACACUACAGAAAGAAAAUGACUCACUGGUUUCAUCGCAACCCCUUGAAGGCUACAGCUCCUGUUUCGUUCAAUUUUUAUGGAGUAGCUACCACUCCGGCCGCAGCAAAAGUUUGCAAUGAUUUGAGGUUAUCUCGAACACGGCUAUUGGAGCUAUUUACAGACUUGAGUUGUAAUCCAGAAAUGAUGAAGAAUGCAACUGACCAGUACUUCUCACUCUUGCAAGGUUUUAUCCUUUCACUGGAUGACUCUUCCCAAGAAUGCAAGUUGCGAUAUAUUCAGAAUUUCAAGUGGACAGACACAUUACAAGGACAAGUUCCAAGUGCCCAGCAGGAUGCAGUGUUUGAACUGGUUUCCAUGGGAUUUAAUGUAGCUCUGUGGUACACAAAAUAUGCAUCAAGACUCGCUGGAAAAGAAGAUAUAACAGAAGAUGAAGCAAAAGAUGUUCACAGAAGCCUGAAGAUAGCAGCUGGGAUUUUUAAACACUUGAAGGAAAGUCAUAUUCCAAAAUUGAUUACACCUGUAGAAAAAGGAAGAGAUUUAGAAGCUCGACUUAUAGACUCUUACAUCAUACAGUGCCAAGCCGAAGCUCAAGAAGUGACAAUUGCCCGGGCUAUUGAGCUGAAACACAGUCCAGGACUAAUAGCUGCUCUUGCUUAUGAAACAGCUAACUUCUACCAAAAAGCUGAUCAAACAUUAUCCAGUUUGGAUCCAGCCUAUGCAGGUAAAUGGAGGAAGUACUUGAACUUGAAGACCUGUUUCUAUAUGGCCUAUGCAUACUGUUACCAUGGUCAGACUUUACUGGCGAGUGAUAAAUGCGGGGAAGCGAUCAGAUCUCUGCAGGAAUCAGAAAAAUUUUUUGCCAAGGCUGAAGCAUUGUGUAAAGAAUAUGGCGAAACCAAAGGACCUGGGACUACUGCCAAACCUUCUGGACAUCUCUUCUUUAGGAAAUUAGGAAGUUUGAUUAAGAACACACUAGAAAAAUGCCAGAGAGAGAAUGGAUUCAUCUAUUUUCAGAAGGUGCCAGCAGAGGCUCCCCAGCUGGAACUGAAAGCAAACUAUGGCUUAGUGGAGCCUGUUCCUUUUGAAUUUCCUGCCUUGAAUGCACACUGGACUCCUGAAACACUUGCAGCCUUUGAUCUCACCAAGAGGCCAAAGGAUGACACUGCUAAACCAAAACCAGAUGAUGAAGUAAAACCUCUGAAGGAACCAGAUAUAAAGCCUCAAAAAGACAGUGGAUGCCAGAUUUCUUAAGUGCCACAAGUGCUUUGAAUUCACUUUAAAAGUGUAUUAAUUGGACUCUGGGGCUUUAGAUGUGAUCUCCCUUUUUUCUGAUUCUUCUUUUUUAAUUUAGAAGACUAAUUUAAUUUACGAUUGUUAGUAUGAGUCUAUCUUGCUUGAGAAUGUGGUGAAUUUCUAGAAGUUUAUUUAUAUCUGACUUAUUUUUGGUUUUAGUGGGAUAUCAUAGAAUGAGUGGGCUUAAAUGUUCCUAUUGUGCCUCUAGAGAGUUUAUUUUUGUGGGUUUAGUUUCUACCCACAAAUAGCAAAGGAAGUAUCACGAUUGUAGCACUUCAGAAUUUUUCUAUUAAAUUAUAUGCUAUGUAAUGUCAAAUUUUGCAAACAAAAGUUUGCAAGAACCGUUAUAUUUAUUCAGGUUUUGUCAUUCAGACUUAACACCCUGUUGUGUUCCAAUUCACUUAAUUGUAGUGAGUGAAGAAAAUCUGGGUUUGGUUUGUAACACUCCUGUAGUAUUUCACAAGACUUUCACAGAACUUAGAAAACCUUAAGUUCUGCAUAAUUCGAGCACAAUUUAUAUUCUUCUUUU